AUGAAAUAAUAUGAACAUAUCAUUUUGGAAGAUAGUGAGAAUGAGAAUAUUUAUCGAUAUUUUAAUUCUUCUUUUGAAUUUAUUGAAAAAGGAAGAUAAUCAGGGAAUGUUUUAGUUCAUUGUAUGGCAGGUAUUUCCAGGAGUGCUGCAUUAGUUGCUGCCUAUUUGAUGAGGAAACAUAAUAUGUCUUCUAAAGAGGCCUUGUAAUAAUUGGAAAGGAAAAGAUGGUAGGUUUAUCCUAAUGAUGGCUUUGUCAAAUAGUUACUUUUAUUAGAAAAAGAAUUAAAUCAUUAAUAAUAAGAAAUACCAUAUGACUGGAAUGCAAAAAUAAUAUAUAAUUAAUAAAAUAAUAUUAAAAGUAAAACAAGCUCUUCGGAUAGGUUAAUUACUAAAAUAAAUAAGUUUAAUGAUAAUGAAUCUAUUUCUAAUGAGUAUUAAAAAAUUAGAAAGAAGUAUAUUGAUGAUGAGAAAUCUCUUGAUUUAUUGCAGAAAUCUACUUAAUAUUAAUUAUAAUAAUAAAGGAAAACUCAAUUUGAAAUAUUAAAUAAUGGAAUUAAUAUUUAAAUUUAAAGAUUACAAUAACUUUCUAAUAGUAAUAGUAAUAGAAUUAUUAAUACAUUAGAACCUAAAUAAACAAUAAUUACUGAAAACCAACAAAAAAAAAGAGCAUUAAUGGAUGCAAGUAAUAAAAUUAAAUAUAUAUAUAAGUAAACAAUUUCAGCAAGAAUUCAUCGGUUAACAAAGGAAUAUAGGUAGAGACUAGUCUAUAUGUUCCUAAAAAACAAGAAUUUAGUCAUAAAUAUUAAGCAGCUACAACUAGAGAUUAUCCUUUAACUAAUGAUUUUAAGGCUGCAAAUAAUUACUAAUAAAAACUAGAUAAUCUUCUUAAUUAGUUUAGUAAGAAAUCUACAUACUAAUAUAACUGA